AUGGCUAAACACCAUCGUCCGAUUGUGUGUGUGAUUGCUGGAGACCCUCUCACUUCGCCGGAGGCUUUGUUGCAGCACCUUCGUGCAUGCUGGCGUCGUGUGGGUGUACUGGAACUCUGCGAGGAUGUGCACAAACUAUCACUGAGGCAUAUAUGCCGGGAUGUAAAUGAUGAGGGAUUGAAGGAAAAUGAAACGGCGCUACUGCACAUCACAUUUGAGCUUCUGACAUCACCACCACAGACGCUUGUUACUGGGGUUGAUAUCCUGCUGCUUCUCUUUUCCCCGGCGCAUCCCUUGUCGUUUUUGCACCUAUGGGAAGUGUGGUGGCCAAUGUUUCUCCACCUGCGGCGAUUGCCAAUUUUCCUUUUAGCAACGCACAUGGAGCUGCUUGUUAUGCCGGACGUUCAGCGCUACAUGCACGAGCGUGGCAUCCAGCCAAUUAACUUGCAGGAAUUAACAUGUGCGGUGCAGGCAACAACGUUGUCUUUGGGGCGUGUGAUUCCUGUUUCAUUGGGCGAUGCGGACCUUUUACAUGCAAAUACACUCAAUUCGUCGUGUAAAUCUCUUGUUUAUCUUUGCAACUCGCUCAUGCGCAUUUUUUGUGCCACACCGGGCGAUGGUCAUGAUGACGCUCUACCACUUCAACUGCGGUGGGAGGCGACACUUAAUGAGGCGAGUGCGGUUCAGCUGGAGGCACAACUUCGCGAGAAAUGGGUGGCGAUGCCGUCCGCCAGAACAGGGCGUAUUUUUUACUCCAAUCGGAUUACAGGUGAGGUGACAACCGUACAGCCCGCGAUUGUUCCAAAUGACACAAGCGAAACCUUUGAGCAGCGCCGCGCCGUUGCCUUCGCCGCACAAGUAAGGGGCCAUAAGAAGGCAUCCAACUUGGGAUCGUCGCACGGCGCAACUGUUCACACGGAUGUUAUGAAAAAACUGCAGUAUUCUGUGAGACUACUGUACGACAAGAGAGCACGUCUCAAAGAACUUCAACAGAAGACUCAUCUCUUACGUUCCGUCGUGCAAAAGUUACGGGAAGAGACAGGGAGUCUUUCUUCCGAUUUGGAGACAUUACGGAGUGAAAGGGCGUCGCUGGAGGAGAAGAUUAGCAUCACACAACAGGAGUUCCAGUCCUUUCAAACCAAAUGCGAACUCACCGGAUCCGUUACGGAAUCGCAUCUUGCGUCACUUUAUGAGGAAAUCAACCACGUCAAGCGGAGUUAUCUUCAACAGUGGAAUUGCAAUAAAUUAAGACGGUCCGACGUGCGAGCGAUGCAUCUAAGAGUAGAGGAGGUUAUAAAUACAAAUGAGAGACUGCGGCAACAAAUAACAGAGGGUUCAGAAAGGACGUUAAGACUACUGCAGAAACAGUACCUCAUGCACCACAAUGAAAUUGCUGAAAUAGAAGAAAAAAGCCUGUUGUUCCGGCGUUGGCAGGCCCUACGGGGGCGUGAGCGAGGGGAGGAGCCACCUAAUGGUGGAGGUUCGUCCUGUUGCGUGGGGGACGCUCCGACGGAGUGGGUAUUGCUGCUGCGUGGUCUUUUGAACGCUCUGUUGGUCGUAGUGGAGCCACUUCUUUGCGCGAUUGAUAGGCUGCAGCAGAUGAGCGGAAGACUUCCCGCUCCGUGCAGCGUCACUGUGCAAGCAACACAUGCUAUGCGGCGUUUGCUGCUGGAGGAGCGACUGCAGCGUUGGCGGAUUGGGGUGGAGUGCACGCUGGAUUACGCGAGUUGCAUUGUCAGCGACUUUCUGCUGCCGAUGCAGCGCCGCGGCCGCCUGCUGGGCGAACACGCGGCUGCCUUGCUGAGGCUGUUCUCGUGA